AUGAAAGAUGAAAAUGAACCCACGGAGACGGAUAAAUAUAUUUGUAUGUCCGACGAUAAUUAUAGAUAUUUAUCUAAAUUUUUGGUUGACAGUAAUAAUCAAGAAAAAUUGACUACAGACAAUCGAACUUCUCUAGUCAAAAAUUAUGAUGGUCGUUAUCUAUCUGCAUCAGCCCUUGCAAAAAAUUUUAUGGAAAAGAUUGAAAAUUGUCUUGUUAUAUUAGAACUAACGCACUGCCACAUAAAAACGAAAAUCAGACGUAACAGUCCAGCCAUUCAAAUGAAUGUCAAAAUGAAAGAAACACAUGUGGAAUUCUCAGUAGAAAUUUAUCUCGCUUUAACACUCCGAUGUAAAGGAUACUUCAUCCCAAUUAGAAAUGUAAAAUUUUAUUGGGAAAUAGAUGACAAUGACCAUUCAAUAGACGAGUCACUUUCUUCAAAACUCGAAGAAAUGAAAAACGAACACCCAAUAUUAUUUGAAAUGGCGUUUUAUAAUAUAAAAACAAAAUAUUCGAAAGUAUUACAAAAUUUUGCUGAUAAUGAUUCUAGGCUGAUGAUAUAUUUUUAUUCCGAAUUGAAAGAUUUGUUGCAAAAAUUAGAAUUCAAUUUUAAAAAUUAUCACUACUCAAACAUAUUGAAUGAUGCGACACUCACUCAACAACGAUAUUCAACUAAGGAGGAUGAUAAUAUGGUAGAUUCCAUAAACAUCUGCAAAAGCUGGCAUGGAAGUUCGCACUUUAUAACUGAGAUAGAGAAUUUUGCAACUAAGUACGUCAUUCCACAUGAUCGACUGAAAGAAGCCAGACAAAAAACUCAGAGUAUUAUAGGAGACAUUGUUAAACAACUAAAAAAAAAUAAAAUUUUCGUAACUCGGAAAUUUUUCGGACAAGAUUUAGAUUUGAAUUUCACUUUCAGAGACAUAAAGUUGGAUGUCAUGCUGGUCUGGGACGUGAGAAAAAUUAUUGAGAAAAUACCAUCUCCUAUUGCCGACCUCUGUUUUAUGAUGGUAAAAUCUGGAAAAAGCAUACCAAUACCAACAGUAACUGACAAGGAUGAUCAUAAUCGUUACUUAAUACCAUCCUUUCUGUUGAAGUACUUUAAAGAAAAGAUUGAUAUGUGCUGCGGUGAAUAUGAUCGAGAGCAUUGGAACAUAAAAACAGAACUUCGUGGCCAAAGCAUUCUAAUGAAAGUCUCAAUACAGAAUGAGGGGGAUGAUUCAGCUUCCAUAUUCUCAAUAAGAAUUUUUCCUACAUUGAAAGUAAUCAAUGAAGAAUAUUAUGAAUGUAAUUGCUAUGAUAAAUUUGGGCAACCGUUCAUCCUGAGUAAAGAUUUUCAUUCGUGGAGAAGGUCUAUCAGAAUUGAAGAAAAUAGAGAAAUUUCAAAGUUCAGCUCUGAAGACCUGAACCGUGAAAAAAUUCUAAGAGUUUUCAUGUGUAUUAGAUAUUGCAAACCACCAUUUUCACGUUGUUUAUCAUCUCAUCAUUUCAUAAAUACUUUCAUAAAUUUGUUUAAAAAUCCAAGAAAGUGGUCACUAUUUUUUCCAAGGUACAGCCCCCUUCUCCGUACCUACAUUAAAUUUCUGGCUACUUCACUGAUAGCAAAUGCGGGUUGA